AUGUAUCAUGUGAGCAUGCUCAUGAUGUGGAAGCCAUGGCAGGGGAAAGAGGACCUGAAGCAAAGGGAACAAACAUGGGAAAGAGCCUAUGCUGAAUUCGAAGAGAGUCAGCCCGGAAUGGAACGCAUCGCAUCCAACAUGCAAUAUCGGUACGAGUGCAAGGAUGCAGCAGAUCGAGACCAAGACUAUGCAAGACAAUUCAGUGGAAGGCAAGGCAAUGAAGGAGGAAAUGUGGAAAGUGAUGAAGAGGAUGGAGAAGAUGACAGAGAGGAGGAAGGUGGAAACACAAGAAUUGAGGGGCAAAGCAUGGAUGAAGGAGAUGAAAGGGAAUUGCGACGAUCCAUUGCCACAUGCAAGCUGACUGAAGAGGUAUUGCAUGCAAGACAGGCAGUGGAAAUUGCAAGGUGA